UUCUAUACUUGUAUAAAAUUAUGGUGUGCUUUAAUUUGGUAGCUAUAGCUGGAUCCUCUCUUGCAUGAGAAUAAAAGGACCUUUUUUUGCUCUAUAUAUACAUCCCUCAUUGCAAUUCUUUUCUUCACUUCAAAUUAAUUACACAUUCCCUAAUUAAUUAUAAUUGAAGCUCCUAUAAUUAACACACUUAAUAUGGCAAUCUCCAAGCUUUUCAUUGCUACUCUUGUCCUCUCUUUUCUUCUUCUUCAUGUGGUUCAAGCUCAGGAUAUUAUUGAGAGUAACGGUCCAAAGAGGUCUCAACUUGGUAUAAAUUGUGGAGCGGCAUGUGUAGCCAGGUGCCGGUUAAGCAGUAGACCAAACCUAUGUCAUAGGGCAUGUGGAACCUGUUGUGCUCGUUGCGGGUGUGUGCCACCGGGUACUUCCGGUAACCAAGAGAUGUGCCCUUGCUACUACAACCAGACUACCCACGGUGGCAAACGCAAGUGUCCUUAAACUUUCUACAGCUAAAUGUAUACCUCUGUAGUUUAUUACUAGUACUAUAUAUGUUAUUUACGCCCUCUAUCUCUAAAAGUUCUUCGUGUUUGAAUGGUGAAUUUUAGAGAUGGAGAAAGUAUUGUUUAGUGUUUACUAUUACUACAUUGUCGUGCCAUAUAUUUUAUUUUAUCUGUUACGCUAUGCGAAGUAUAUCAAUUGUGUUAUUUAAUUUGUGUAUGUAAUUCAAACUGAUUGUACGUUCAUUUUGUGAAUAAUGAUGAUAUAAUAAAAGAUUCAUGUCUAA